AUGGUUCGACCGAUGGGCCAGCACCUGCAGAAGAAGUUCGCACGGGGCAUUCAGUACAACAUGAAAAUCAUCAUCCGAGGCGACAGAAAUGUGGGGAAAACCGCCCUCUUUCACCGCCUUCAAGGGGAGAAAUUUAAGGAGGAGUACGUGGCCAGCGAUGAGAUUCAGGUCGCCUCUAUCCAAUGGAACUACAACGCCACCGACGACAUUGUCAAGGUGGAGAUUUGGGACGUCGUCGACAAGGCCAACAAGCGACCAGAAAAUUCUACUCAACAACAAACAUCAGGUCCAGCGCUGGACGCCGAGUUCGUGGACGUCUACAAAGGGACCCACGGCGCCAUCUUCCUCUUCGACAUGACCAAGCUGUGGACGUGGGAGUACGUCCAGCGGGAGAUCAGGCGCGUCCCGCCCGGACUUCCGGUCCUGGUGCUCGCCAACCACCGCGACAUGGGCCACCACCGGGUGGUGACGGCCGACCAGGUGCAGGGCGCCAUAGACGCCCUCCUUGAAGAAGAAAGCGAGCUUGGGAGGUCUUCAAGAGGAGGAUCUUCAGGAGGACCAGGAGGAGGAGGUCUUCGAAUUCGAUACGCCGAAGCCUCGAUGCGCAACGGUUUUGGCCUUAGAUACCUCUACAAAUUCUUCAACCUCCCCUACCUCCACCUCCAACGGGCCACCCUCCUCAAACAGCUGGAGCGAAAUGGCGCGGAAACGACCGCCUCCGCCCAAGAAUUGGACGCUUUAGCCGACUCUGACGAGCACAACUACGACCUCUUUCUGGAGAUGAUCACCAAUCGAAGGCGGCAGGCGGCCGACAGCGUCUCCGCUGCGAAGAAGGUCAACGACAGCGGCGAGGUGAUACCGAUUCCUCAAAUGGCCGUCAAUGGAAGUGGAGUUCAUAAGAGCCUCUCAGUUCCGGGUGGACUUUCAAGCAAUGGAGGAAGUUCAGUUAAGUCCAAUGGAGUUCUAAGCAAUGGGAGCGGCGGUAGUGAUCAGCCCCCAGCACUUCCACUGAACCGACCCUCACCCUCGAUCAUAAUCGGCGCCAAGCACCCGCUGCCGGCCAAGUUUCAGCAGCAGCUGAACAGUAGUUCUAAGGCAAAAA